GGUAGGCUGCUAGGGUCUGUUACCGAACAGAGGAGUGGUGGUGGCUGCGUGGGGGAAUAGGGGCUGGACUGGGUCUUGGUCUGUCUACGUACACAGCAGACGACCACGGGGAGGCUGGAACCACACAGUCACGUCUCCUGCUGAGGGGUGUAGCCGGAAAAAAAGAGAAAGAGAGGGAGAAAGAGAGAGAGAGAAUAGAAAGACAGAGAGCCACGCACGGCUCAGCUGAGGCAAGCAGACGAUUGGAGUAGAAAUCGUGAGAGACAACCGCUGGAAGAGAACAGUGGAAGGGAGGAAGGAAAGAGAAAACAGUCAGGACCCAAAUCUGCCAGCGACCACCACCUCCUCUCCAUCUCGCUGCUUAGCUGCGCACCCACAUAGACCGAUGACACCCCUCGCCCUCUUCUAAAAAGACAACUAGGGGGGGUGACCGCCUACCGAGAAGGCAGUUGACUAGCGUCGUAACUAAGCGAUGCAUAUUCUAUCCAAGAGCGCAAACUUGAAGCUAUAUUUUAUCCUAACAUAGGCUAUUUGACGAAUGUCACUGUUGACAUUAUUUCCUGACAGUGUUGUGGUUAUUGACACGAGGCUCGGUUUGUUUUCGAGACUCUGUAAAGCAAAGUUUUUUUCUGCUGGACUUGUUUUUUUCAGUGCGUCGUGGAUUUCCAUACUUGCAGAAAAACAGAUGAUUAUUUUUGCGACAAGCUAGGCCUAUUUGUAAAGAAAUAUAGCAGUAGAACGAACGGACUCCUUUGGGGUGGGUUUUUAUGUCUUUAUUUUCCGUACAGUCUGUUAUAGAUACAUUAUAUUCUAUCGACAAAGGCUCGACAAGCUCCUACUAAACUUGUCUCUUGAAUAGACACCCUUCUGUAGCCUAUCAACCGUUUGAAACGGUUGUGUGCACAUCAAGGAGAUACUGAGAAGUGUCAGUAGAGGAGACAUCCAACGAGGAGAGCCGACAAGGAUACUAUACGUUCGCGUCCAGUGGAGACAAGGCUUUUAUCAAAGUUGCCAUGGUGUCAUUGGACGAGCCUCUGGACCUGAAGCUUCCACAGGCCAAUGGGAGGGUCAGGUUGGGAAAGAGGGCGUGUUCGGCCUCCAUCUGCGCCCCCCUCAGUGCCACACGACAACGUCUGCUACGUAACCUACCGAUGACCUACCCCUCACCACCUCCCUCUCCAGGUACCCCCCUGUACCACCAGGAGAGGGCAGGUUCCUGCACCCCCCCUGCCAUGGACCUGAGUCUCUCCCCCACCUUCCGACACGCACACUCCCCCUCCUCCCGCCAUGCACCCUCCCCCUCUGCCUCCCCCUCCUCACCCCUGGACUACCCACCCAGCUGCAGCCCAGCCACACCCAUCUACUCCAGGGAAGCAGCUCUCCCUCGUUACCUGGAAGGCGGUGCUUCUCCGCAGGGCUUCCAGAUCUUCCUGCCAAUCGGGACCACAGGGGGCGGGUUCAACCUGCCCUCCUCCAUGUUCAUUGGUCAACCCGGGGAGAAGCGGGCGUCACCCGAUCCCUCAUCGGACGAGCAGCUGGCCUGCCGUUGGAUGAAGUGCCACCUGCUGUUUGACUCAUUACAGGACCUGGUGGAUCACAUCAAUGACUACCAUGUCAAACCUGAAAAGGAUUCUGGGUACUGCUGCCACUGGGAGGGCUGUGCCCGCAACGGGAGGGGAUUUAACGCCAGGUACAAGAUGUUGAUCCACAUCAGGACUCACACCAAUGAGAAGCCUCACCACUGUCCCACCUGCAACAAGAGCUUUUCUCGCCUGGAGAACCUCAAGAUACACACACGCUCACACACAGGAGAGAAGCCGUACAUCUGUCCGUACGAGGGCUGCAGCAAGCGCUACUCCAACUCCAGCGACCGCUUCAAGCACACGCGCACCCACUACGUCGACAAGCCAUACUACUGCAAGAUGGCUGGCUGCCUUAAACGCUACACCGACCCCAGCUCCCUCCGCAAACACAUCAAGGCCCACGGACACUUCGUCGCGACCCAGGAACAGGCCUCCUCGGCCGGGCUCGGGGUGUUCCUCAAAGGGGGUGGUCUCCACGGAGGUAACGGUGGAGGGGUCUCCGAGAUGGGCUAUGUCGGCGGGGCCCAUAUUAUCAUCCCAGGAGGGGCUGCCGUGGCUUCUCUCCUAGGGGGCCACCAUCUAGGGGCCUCGCUGCCGCUCUCGGCCAUGUGUGGCCCCCUGGAUCUCAGCGGACUAGGUCACCCUGGAGCCUCCUUGUUCUCACUAGGUAGGGGAGGUGGGGGAUUGGGUUGGUGUGAUUCCUCCCUGCUCCCCUUCGGACUCUCGACUGCAUCCGUGUUUGGGUUGGCUUCCAUGGGUCUGGGGCGUCUAGGGAGAGGGGAGAGCAGGAGGGAGGGGGAGGAGGAGGACGGGUGUGAAGAGGAGAGGGAGGAUGAGGUAUUGAAUUUGUCUGCGGGAGGGUACGGAGGGACAGCGGCGGGGCGUGACCUCCCCUCCUGGGUGGUGAUUCAAUCCCCUGGGGCGCUGGUGCUCAAACCAGCCGUUGUCAGCUAGGGCCAGGGUGUGUGUGUGCUCAGCUUGGGACACGUGCUCACACACCUGUUGCUACGAUCAAGGGACAGGGUGUGUGUGUACGUUUCUGUGUGUGUGUUUGUGCCUAAACGAUGCCUCGGAGCUGAAAGUUGGUGUGUGUGUGUGUGGAGGGGGGAGGGUUAAGUGCUUUACAAAAGCUACCGUGGGGGUGAAAGGUAAUUCUCCUUUUCAGACAUUUAAACACAAAACAGUAACAGCAGGCUGAAGAAAACAACAAGAAAACAUCCCUAAUUGACAUUCCCAAUUGAUUUGUGUGGCAACGCAGUUGGAUUUAUGUAAUCACCAUUAUGAUGUAAAGAAGAAGCAGCUGUUAUUGAGAGAAUUGGGGUAAUAUGCUCUUGUAUGUUUUGUUAGUCAUCAUUUGUAUGCAGCACAGACCCUAUCUAUGGACUAUAACUGAUAACAGCUACUGUUCGUCUGGAUAGUCACUAUAACAGUGGGUUUUAUAUCAGUGGCUUUACCUAUUAUGGCCACCAGGGGAAGGUAGAGAGCCAGGUAAAUUCUGUCUAAUCUUUGUAGCCUCACAUCAGAACUGAAUUGUUCUGUGUGGAAGUUGUCUGUAGCCACAGAUCUUGGGUCAGCUUACCAUCCUUAACCAUUAGAAAAUGCAAAACUGACCUUAGAUCAGUGUCUAGGGCCAACUUUAUUCUCCUUCCUCCCCCUCUACUCAGUCUGUAGACUCACAACAACAAACAGCCUUUAAAAUCCCCUGUAGGGGAUAGGCUCCCAAGGUUACAAGAUAGUCAGUGGAAAUCUGUGGUACACACUACAGAGCAAACACAGUCUUGUUGAAGCAUGUUGGAUGUAAAACUACAUUCUACAUGCGUCUAUGGGGUGGAUUCUAACUUCCACUUUAGUCAAACAUUGAUGACAAUGGGAGACUAAGUUUAAAUGUAACUGGAAGUUUAGGAUUCGCCUUUGUUUUUUAACGUUUUUUACACAGGCAGGGUUAGGGGUAGCCUUCACUCAUGUUACCCAGUUACCCUGGGGUCCUCUGAGCUAAGAAUGUGGUAUUUAGUUCCAUUUGUCAUUUGACUGCCACCUGCAUAGUUGUAAGGUUGGUUGCCAGGGCGACAGAGGUGUGGUUUGGCUAAGAAAGGCUAUGAUAUUUCACUGACAAUGACCCACACCCUCCUCUCCCCUCAACCAACCUACUUGACCUGCAGUGGCUUCGCACACCUAGGCUACAUCUGAAAUGACACCCUAUCCCCUGUAUAGUAUUCCCUAAAAGGUAAAAGGGAAUAGGGUGCCAUUUCAGUCGCACAUCUCAUGUUUUAUGACUGACGAUCAAAUUUAAUGAUGUUGAAUGAAUUAAGUUUAAAAUAACCUAUAUCUUGUAUGUUUUUCCCCCACAAAUGGAUCAAAUCUCGUGAGGUCCCAACAGCAAACAGCCUUUAAAAUCUUCUGUAGGGAAUAGGCUCCUGAAGUUACAAGGUAAUAAGUGGGAAAGUUUGUAUAGGUAUGACAUCUCUGUGUCUUUUCAUCACUUCUGCAAACAAGUAAAACAAGUUUCUUUUGUCCUUCUGGUUAAGACGAGACGUUUCUGUUGAAUGUUGAAGUUGUUCCUCUCUCUACCGCAACUAACAACAACUAUCUUAUUUCGCCACUUGGUGACAAUGAGUGUGUCCCAAAUGGCACCCUGUUCCCUAUGUAGUGUGCUACUUUUGACCAGAGCCCUGGGAACAGGUUUCCAUCUGGGGUGCAUACAAAGACAAGGAUCCUAUAUCAGGAUCUACAAACCCGACGAUGACGCAUUAACCCUUUGUGCGACAGACAUUUCUCAAUACAGCCGACAAACCUCAUAAAAGUAUUAUUUGCUCAUAGCUUAUCCAACCCAAGGUAGGGGAUUGUUAUUUGAUCUGCACACCUUACCUGGCAUCCAGUAUUAUUGGCCAAGUUAGGAAUUUCUAUUUGAUCUAGGUUUUAUUGAUUAAAUAAGUAGACCCAAUGUAAACAGAAGUGUGUACAUAACUGUGUAGUACUUGUAAUAGCUUCAUUAUUUGUAUUUAUUCACAGACAAAUCACACAAAAUAAUACUUUGUCGUUGUUGUAAGUAGAAUGUAACAAUGUGCAACUCCACCAUGCCAGUUGAAUUUAAAUGUAGUUACAAACCAGGAACUGUAAGGUUGAUUGGAGAAACACGAGACUUCAGGUUCCCAUAUUGAGGUAACACAGAAAGUACAAAUAGGACAGAGGUGAAUUUACAUAUGAAGUCUACACAUGCGCAAAGGGUUAACGUUAGACUAUGGUCUACUUAUUGCAGGCCAGCAUCUGAUAUCAUUUCUUAUCCUCGUUUGCACAUUAAGAUUUUCAAUUAUUAUUCUGUAUUUUUUUAUGUUUCCAAGUGCCUUGUAUGUAUGUAUGUAUCAUAAGUGAAAUAUACCGAAAAUACACACAGCACAUUCAAUGAAAUACAGGUACAUGUAAUGCAAAUGUAUAAAUAUAGGUAUUUUUUCCAAAAGGUCAACGCUUUACAUGACUGACUGUUUAAAGAGUUGACAAAAGGUGUGAUUGGUGACAUCAUAGCUUUGUGUGCUUUCAGUUUUUUUUACGAGGACUGUUAAACAGAAAAUGUCAUUAAUGACGUUGACGUGACGUCAAUAAACAAAGAUUAACAAAUUAA